CGCCCUGACAGCCAGCCAGCCAGUCAGCCACAACACGAACACACACGCGCGCGCGCACACACGCACACACACACACACACACACACCCCUGUGAUGAUGCGUCCUGCCACACGAUGCCGGGGAUAGCCGCGGCAGGUCUGCCCGUGACGAUCAUCGGCUGCAGCCGGCGGUGGAAGUGACACCUUCGUCCCCGCGCGUCAGCCUCUCUCCGCGGACAACCGACGGGACCGAUGGGCGCCGGAGCGCGGAGGCACCCCGUGCCACGGUGAUCGGCCCCCGGUGGAGUUGGCGAACCCGUCGUUUCAAGUUCCUAUUUUCAGCGGAAAAAAAGGGGGAUCGUGAACGAGACCCGCUGAGAGCAGAGGGGGAGAAAGAUGGGGAGCACGACCUCUUGCUGCGUGGCCGCCAGCCCCAAGCUCCGCAGCAGGAAUGCCCACUCCCGGCUGGAGUCGUACCACCAGGAGUCGGAUCUGAGCCGGGAGGAGACGGGAUGCAACCUGCAGCACAUCAGCGACCGGGAGAACGUCGACGAGUUGAAUAUGGAGUACAAUCCCUCGGACCAUCCGCGGGCCAGCACCAUAUUCCUCAGCAAGUCCCAGCACGAUGAGGUGCCCUGCAGGAAUGUGCGAGAUAAACGGAAAAGCCUCUUCAUCAAUAAUCAUGGAACGUCGAGGAGGAAAUACAGCUCCUGCUCCACCAUCUUCUUAGACGAGAACACGAUCAGCCAGCCCAACCUCAAAAACACCAUCAAAUGUGUGGCACUGGCGAUUUACUACCAUAUAAAGAACAGGGAGGUGGAAGGAGGAAUGCUGCAGGAUAUAUUUGAUGAGAAGCAUCAUCCUCUUACAAAAGUGGAGGUGCCGCUGGACUACGACCAGCGCGCCCCCGAGCAGAAGCAGAUCUACCGCUUUGUCCGGACGCUGUUCACGUCCGCUCAGCUCACUGCCGAGUGCGCCAUCGUCACGCUGAUCUACCUGGAGAGGCUCCUGACCUACGCGGAGAUCCACAUCGGUCCGGGUAACUGGAAGAGGAUCGUCCUGGGUGCUAUCCUGCUGGCCUCCAAGGUCUGGGACGACCAGGCCGUCUGGAACGUGGACUACUGCCAGAUCCUCAAGGAAAUCACCGUGGAGGACAUGAACGAGUUGGAGCGGCAGUUUCUGGAGCUGCUGCAGUUCAACAUCAACGUGCCGUCCAGCGUCUACGCCAAGUAUUACUUUGACCUGCGGUCGCUCUCAGAGUCCAACAACCUGAGCUUCCCCCUGGAGCCGCUCAGCAGAGACAAGGCCCACAAACUAGAGGCUAUUUCCAGGCUGUGUGAUGACAGGUACAAGGACGCGCGCAGAGCGGCGAAGAAGCGCUCAGCCAGCACGGACAAUCUGUGUGGGAUCACAUGGGCUCCUGCAAUCCUCUCCUAACCGCCAUUAGUCUGCCAUAUGCUGAGAAACCCCCCAGAGAAACACACACACACACACACACACACACACACACACACACACACACACACACACACACACACACAAACUUCAGUUUUGGAUACCCGGAUGAUACGUGGAUGACGUGGAUGACGAUGUGGAUGACGUGGCGGAACAGUGACUGAAACCUGAGAUCAGCUUCUGGGCCUUCUUCACACCUUGGAACUGGAGGCGUGAAGGUGAAACCAGUAGGUUUUCUUUUUGGGAGAUGGGGGGUGAGGAGGUGAGGUGAACGCCGGAGAAUUCACCCCGAUGCCUGAGAGACGGCCUCUGUGGGGAAGAAGCACCGUGCAGCUGUCUUAAUGUCCAACGUCCUGUCGGUUGUGUCUAAUUUGAAGGAUUUCACACAACCUGCCUUUGUGUUGAAUGGAUUUGACAGCUGGCUGAACGCACCCGCAGGAUUUUUUUAUACCGUUAUCCGUGUUAUCCAGAAGGUUCUGGUUCAGUACUCAACAGUUAGAUCUUAACAGGAUUUCUAAAAAUGUUUAUAGCUGUUUAUGAAACAUAAUUCUUCCACAGGCCAAUUCAAAUUGCACAAACUUCAUAGAAGCUUUGAUGAGAGUAAACUCUCACUGCUGACAUCUAGUGGACAUUAAAUGAAACUGUACUUUCACGUUGGGGGGAUUAAAGGGUCACGUGACCCAAAUUGACUAUUGGAACAGAGAUUUCUGCUAGAGCUCAAACCAUUUUUUAAAGAAAAACUAUCUAACUGGGAUUAUAUUGACUCGUAUUGCAGUUGAGAAAUAGUUUUGCAAUAAAAGAGGGAUGAUCAUUUCGACAUCGUUAUACUAUCAUUUUCAUUGAUAAACAUAUUCAAAUGAUUACGGUGUGAAAUGUUUUGUGUCGUCUGUAGAAUAUGACAUGAAGGCAGCACGGCUAUAUUUAAUGCACAAAAUGUAUUUUUUACACAAAUACCACGUAUUGUGAUUGCAAUACAAAUUGGAUUGAAUUGUGCAGCCCUAAUUUUUUGAUUGAUGGCAACAACAACAAAAAAGAUAAUUGUGCCAUUUAUUUAGCACUACAUAUACCACGACUGUAAAACUCAAACCAACAGCCACAGUCCGGUCAGUAGGCCUGCUUUGUUUUCUAUUUUUAUUUUUUCAGUAUAAUAUUGCUAGAUAACAUUACAUUACUUCUA